GACGCUGAAGGGAGAGCAAAGGAGAAGGAGUCGUGAGUGAGAGAGAGAGGGUGUGUUCUGAGCUACUGAAGCCCUUUCGCGGCCUAGCUUGCUUGGGCCAUACGUACAGCCUUCAUCUGUAUCCGCUUUUGCGCCCGGGCUGCAGGGAGAUCCGCUGCCAGCGCAGCCAUGCAGGCCAUUAAAUGUGUGGUCGUGGGAGACGGGGCUGUAGGUAAAACAUGUUUGCUGAUCAGUUACACUACCAAUGCUUUUCCUGGGGAAUAUAUCCCAACUGUUUUCGACAACUAUUCUGCCAAUGUUAUGGUGGAUGGAAAACCAGUUAAUUUGGGGUUAUGGGAUACAGCCGGACAGGAGGACUACGACAGAUUACGUCCAUUGUCUUACCCUCAAACGGAUGUGUUCUUAAUUUGCUUUUCACUGGUUAGCCCAGCCUCAUUCGAAAAUGUUCGUGCUAAGUGGUACCCAGAAGUGCGACACCAUUGUCCCAACACUCCCAUUAUCCUUGUGGGCACCAAACUUGAUCUGAGAGAUGAUAAAGACACUAUUGAGAAGCUGAAAGAAAAGAAGCUCACACCAAUUACCUACCCUCAGGGACUCGCCAUGGCUAAAGAGAUUGGUGCUGUAAAAUACUUGGAAUGCUCUGCCCUUACGCAGCGAGGGUUGAAGACUGUGUUUGACGAAGCAAUCCGAGCAGUGCUGUGCCCACCUCCAGUCAAGAAGCGAAAGAGAAAAUGCCUGCUGUUGUAAUAACUCCCACAUGCCAUCUUCUAUCCCAGCUGAGUCUGCAGGCUCUGAUGGGAUCAUUGACUCAAAUGCCAAUUCCCGACCCUAUUUGUGAUAAUUCAUUUAUUGCCUAUAAAUAUAAUCUUUGAAUUUCUCCAAUUCUUAUUUUCACCCUCGUUCCUAUUAGUGACAAACAUUUUUCCUGAGCCCAUUUAAAUCCUGAAUAGCAGCUCAGUCCUCUAGGCCUUAUUCACAGUAAAUGAUCUUUUUUUGCUGUAACUAAUCAAUUGUUGCCAAAUGUUUAACCAACUCAUUAAUGCGUAUAACAUGAGCCAUCCACAAAGGAACGGGUUUUUUUUUGGGAAAAAUGUACCUUUUAGAUAUGAAGCAGUAUGGUGCUUUACUGCUUAUAUUAAAUCCUUUCUUAUCCUUUCAUUCACUGUAUCACACUGUAAAUCAACCAACGGCUCCUUUAGAGAUGUUUAGAACACAGUGUAUCCUCUUACUGCGUGGGGGGAAAUGUCAUAGUCGGUUUAAGGGUACUAAUCUGCUCUUCUGGCUACAAUUUGUAUUACGAUGGAAAUGUAACCAUAGGUUUUGGGGUUUACUAGUGGAAAUAAGUGACAGUAUUUAAACAUGACAGCGACGAAGCAUCAGCUGUAGAAUCUCAUGACUGCAGUAAGAAGGGUUGCUAUAGGUAAGUAUUUGAGUUCUGUUGUCGUUUGGUUUUCCUUUACUCAUAGGGCAUUUGUUUGCACCGUUUUGUUGCUGGGGGUGACCAAACCAUCUUCGAUAAAGCCAUCCAGCUUUAGGCUAAUGGACACGGGGCGUGACUGCCUCUGUAAUUUGGCUGAAAACCGCAUUGGUCCUAUCGCCUGUCACUGCUGUCCAUAGGGAUCUAUGGGAUGUAUGCUGUCUAAAGCACAUGUAGGGGUGACAUCUGCUUAGACUGUGCUUAGGUCUGCGUGUCACUGCUUUAGGCCUUGCAGUUUCCUUAUUUCUCAAUGGGAAGCAGUAACAGGCAGAAUGAGGGUGUUUUGGGCGCUGCUGAUUACAGUAAUGGCCUGUGUGCCAUAGAUCAUGAUGUAGGAUAGGCAGUCUGUGUGCCUUCCAGCUGCUGCAGAAUAACCACAUCCCUGACAGUAAAUACGUAAGAGUUUCUGCUGCAGCCAGAAUGCCAAGAUUUGCCUUUCCCUGUCCUGGGCAGUUACUGCAGAGAUGCUAAAUCCAGGGGUAUGGGGCUGGCGCCUAGGCCAAUGGUUGACACUGUUCGUGUGUACCUUUGUGGCAAGUAACUGUAUUGUCAUACGGUUUUGCAACUUUGAUUCCCACAUAUCCUAAGAUGUACAAGCUCUUCAUGGUGGCUUCUUUGUAGAUUUGAUAACUUGUAUUUUAUUAUCUUUCUGAUUAUUGUAAUUUGCAAUUUUGUAAACUGACAAAUUAAACCUAAUACUGUUUAUCCAUGUUCCUUUCCUUGCCGGUGUGCGAGCAAUGGCCUUCUUCCUUCUAUUAACACUAGGUGUAAAAAUCAUGUGUCACCGGGUAGCAAUGUGCGUGCAUUUACUCAUCCAUGUCACCGGCGGUGUGCCACAAAAGCAGGGGAGAAGGCACAGAAGUGGUUAACUCACUCCAGACGUAUCUCUGUACUGACAGACCAUGAUGUAACGCGUUUUAACUUUCUUUUCACUUUUUGUGAAACCUUUAAUGCUUUUAUUAAUCCUGUCCUUAGGUGUGUGAGCGCCUGUUAAUAUGGCUGCGCACUGCUGAACACUAGCAAGUACAAAACUGAGACAACUUUCUGUCACUUGAACAAACAAGAGAAUUUGCAAUUGUUACGAGAACUCGUGGACAGUGUUUUUACAUUGAUCUUUUUGCUAAUGCAAUUUAGUGUUUUACAUGCAUGUUUGAAUUAAUAAAUUCUUAAA